ACUAAAAGUCAGACCUCCUGUCCAUCUGUUUCAGGUUUGGGCGUGGAAGGAGAACGUCUGGGAGAAGGAGAAAGGCACCCUGAUGGAGAGGUACACCGUGGAGCAGAGCAAACCUCCAUCGCAGGGCGGGGCGGUGCUCUCCACCCUCACCAUCAACAACGUCAUGGAGUCCGACUUCCACUCGCCGUACAACUGCACGGCCUGGAACUCCUUCGGACCCGGAACCAUGAUCAUCACGCUGGAGGAGACGGAUAUUGUUCCGGUGGGAAUUAUCGCCGGUGGUACGGUGGGCUCCUCCAUUCUGCUGCUUAUGUUUCUACUGGCGCUCGCCUUCUUCCUCUACCGCCAACGCAAAGGCAGUCGCCGAGGUGUCACCCUUGGUAAGCCAGACAUCAAGGUAGAAACGGUCAAUAAAGAGACCCACAGCCUGGAGGAGGAGGCGGCCAACGUCUCCACGGCAACCCGGAUGGUCAAGGCCAUGUACUCCCCGUUCAAAGACGACAUGGACCUGAAGCAGGACAUCAGGAGCGAGAGCGACACCCGCGAGGAGUACGAGCUCAAGGAUCCGACCAACGGCUACUACAACGUCCGAGCCACCACCCACGACGAGGCGCGACCCCAGUCCCGCGUCAUCCACUACCAGGGGGAGUUCCGCUCUCCCAACCCAAACAGCGGACCGGCCGGAGCCACUUCCAGCGGACCCCCAGCUGCCGCCAGCGGUGCAGUCCCACCCAGCCAAGUGCCGGGCUCCAGAGCGGGCUGCUACGACCCCCGGCCGCCUUCCAGGAUGUCGCACGCCACCUACGCCCAGUUCAACACCUUCUCUAGGGCGGCACAGAGCCAGCAAGCGCCUCCCAACCCUGCCCUUCAGUCACCCGGAGAUUACCCCGGAGACUGCGGCCUGCUGGACAGCACAAACCAACUGCCCUACGACAACUACGGAUACCCUUCCCAGUAUCCCACCUAUCCCAGGAUGGGCUUUGCUCCGCCCAUAGAGGAAGGGCCAGCGUACGAGAUGUAUCCCACAGGACAAGGGCCGGGACCUGGGCCAGGGCCAGGGCCAGGGCCAGGACCGGGACCAGGACCAGGACCGGGACCAGGACAGCAAAGUCCUGAAACAGGGCUGGGGAAGUAUGGAAGCUCUACUCGCUUUUCGUACUCAUCGCCGCCUUCUGACUAUUCCCACAGACACACACAACGGAUGCAGACUCAUGUGUGAGAACCAUACUUGCUUUUUUGAAGCAGCAGCAGCAGCAGUACUUCUACAUAAACACAGAAAUACUUUGAAAAGACAAAAAAGAAAAAAAAAAAACAAUUCCACCUUUGUAUACAUAAACAAGAAUCCCUUUUUCCAUAGCAACCACUGCAUGGAAUUUCAGUUCAUUUUCUCGCCCAGCAGUUAGCAGCAUCAGAUAUAAUACAGUUAGCAGCAAUACGUGCGACAUUCACUCACAUUUGCGCAAAAAGCUUCUGUCUGCAGCGUCGAAGCUCCAACAAAAGCAACCGCGAGAGCCACAAUCAAGAGAAAAAAAAAGAGACGAGCACUUUGAAUACAGGAAGACGAAGAAGAAGAAGAGCUGAAGGAGGCGCAGAGGAAGUUCUCAUCUUGCUGUCCGAUCACCUCCCGGCAUCACCUGGUCCUCCCACCCCAUCUCUGUAAAUAGGCGCAAAUGGAGAUUUGGGUCAUUUUAAAGUUAUUUCCUUGUACAAACAUUGCAAUGCAGUACGGUGAGCUACAGAAAACCUCUCUGCUAGUCACACUUUUUUGCAUUUUCUGACUCUCACAUAUUGCAAAACACACACACACACAGAUCUUUAAAAACGUUUCUAUGUGUUGCAACAACGGGGCAGCUUGGACUAUAAAUAUAUCUGGCACUUUUAUGAUCCCGCUUUUUUCCUCACAGAAACUCGCCCGAUGGCCAUUUCUUACAAGAUCUACCUUGAUUUAAGUGGGACAAAGCUUCUUAAGGUGGUGCAGUGACUGAACCGGAGUGCCAAUGCUUAUGUGCCAACACACACAAACUAUUGUGUCUUCUUUUGUAAAGCGCGGACAAUGAGGUGCUCUGGACGACGAGAUUUUUGUACAUGCCACACCUAAAGCGGGAAGGGAGCGGUAGCAAGCGUCUCUGUGCUCCUUUUCCGCCUCCUCAUAUUUUCAUUUUUAUCAUCAUGAUGCAUUUCUAUACUUCACAUUUCACUUGAUGCUAAAAAAAAAAAAAAAGGUGUUUGUGAAACGAGGUGCGGUGGGAGUUUUGUUUUUUUCUUUCUUUCCGCUGAAGUUCUCUGCAAUUUGUACAAAAAGAUACCUCCCCUACCCUCAAGUGUCAAAAAAAAAGUAUUUGUUUCUCUCACUUGCACAGUAGAAUAGAUUUUUUUUCCCAUAUUUAUACGGAAACGUAUGAAGAACAUGGCAUUCAGAAGCAUUUUAUAGUAUUUUUAUAAGGAGUUGUGGACCAAAGGUUCAGCGUUUUGAGGUGACACUUUUUAACGUGUAUGUGGCUCCGUGAUCGUAACGUUCCUUUUAAAAAAAGGAGACGGAUGGUGUUUUUAAAGUGGAUGUUGAAUUAGAAAACUUGAAGAGCUUCACUCCAAAAUGAUCAAUAUCCAGCUCAAGUGAGCGUUUCCCUUUUGAUGGAUGUCUUUGUUUGGCGUGAAACUCUUUCUUUGACUUCCAGUCUUGUGACUGGACUGCCUUUUUCUCAAACGUCGACGACAUUCAAAGUGAUGGAUGGAGAACGAGCAGCUGCUCCCUUUGAGCCGCGCUGCAAACUUUGUAAGCAAUGAGAACGUUCAAAUGUGGUCUAACAUAUCAAACGCGAAGGUACAGAGGGUUCUAUCUAGCUCAUACGGUACUUUGUACUGCAUUUAAAGUGUGUGUAACGUGUGCCGGUUUCCUCACUGCGACAAGAACAUUUUGGUGGUGUUUUCUGUCCGAGAUUUUUCCAUUUUGUUGUGUCCGCUUUUGGUGAGUGUGAUUGGCCCCACCGGGUUUAUAAUAACGUGCAUUUAAAAGGUUGCUUCUCUUAAACCAAAUCUGUGAAAAGCAGUCGCGUUCCCACCGAUUGCAAUCAUUCAUGUUUGCACAUCGCUUCAUCUCAGAAACUUCACCUUUUACGGUGACAAUCAUGUUGUUGAUUUGACUACGAGGCGAGAGCAUCAAUCUUUAUUAUAUUCUGACCUUGGAGUUAUAAGGGUCUAAUUUUUCCCCCCAUUUUUAUUUCUUAAGGAACAUUGAAACGAUAAACGAACUCCUUCCACGUUUACCUAAGUGCACAUCCUGUCCGCGGUACUGGACAGUCAAAGUUAAGAGCAACAGAAAGCAAUAAGGAGUCACCCGCUUGUAUCUUUACUCCACAUUUCUGAGCAGUUAAAAACGAGAGCAGAUGACGGCGGCGCUUUAAAUAAAACCCGCAGGCUGCAAAAAGUGAAGCCAGAAAUCUCUGCACCUCCGGAGGUAAUCAUCGAGCGUUCGCACUUAUCAGCCACCCUAUCAACCCCUCACGGUAUAUUAUGGUAAUUGCGUGCUAAGGGGCAGUUUUAAAAAUAAAAAAAUGUAUUUAUUGCCUCUGUUUAGAAUAAACACUGAGAAAGGAAACCACAAGCUGCGCCGUUUCCAUAUAUCAGAUGGAACCUCGUAGCUCCAAGGUCACUAUAUAAAGCGAUUCAGUAGUUAUGGAGAGAAGAAUGGCAGAUGGAGCACCCUUUUAAAUUUAUAUGGUUAUCACAGCCUUGGUAUUGCAUUCUAUUACCUCUUUACAACCUUUUUACAGAGUUGUAGCUGCGCAGUGUUUUGCAUCUGACUUGCAAUGUCGUUAUGACCUUGUGUAGAAGGAGUAAAUUUGACACACACGAGGUACUGAGGCCAAAAAGACACACAACGCCAGGCCAGCCAGGUACUUAGUCAUUACCUCUUAAGUAUUUGUUGACAGUGGGGGGCGUAUAAAUGUGCAAAAAGACACCACAGAUGCCAAAAAAACGCAGUACAGAUGUUUAGAUUUGGUUCCGCAGUGAAAAAAAUGCACGAUUUGGACGGAGAAUAUGGAUGAAUUUUACUCCAAUAGGUUGUUACUUCCUGUCUUUUUUCCAUCACCGCAACAUGUGCUGAUGCUCUUUACUCUCUGUCACGUUAAUACCAGCUUCCAAAUUUAAAUCAGUCUUUUGUCAAAUCUUCCUUCAAGAUUACAACAUGUGGUUUUAUGUGUCUAACUUUGCAUAAACGCUUGUAUGUCGAGGGGUUGGUUGUCUUUUCUCAGACAAUAUUUAGCUUCACAAGCCUCUGAACAUCCAUUUAGUUUAUUUAAUUCACAGUGUUUUUUUGUUUUUUUUUAAAGGAAAGCAGUAUAUUAAAUCUUAU